AUGCAAUGGCCUGAGAAUGCUUCAAAACUAAGUCGUGAGGAGAUUUAUGACAGGUUGAAAGGAUGCAUUUUUGGAGCUGCGAUAGGGGAUGCAGUGGGACUCGCUACAGAAUUCAUGACGAAGCAAAUGGCAAGACAAAUAUAUGGCAUUGGUCCUAUAGCAUUCGGCAAUGAUAAAGGCUAUGAAUUUUAUGUGGAUCGACAUCGAGAUGGAUGGGAUUUUGGAGAAUGGACUGAUGAUACCGAUCAACAACUUUUAAUAAUUGAUACCUUGAUUUCGAAUGACGGCGUUUUUAACACACGGGAUUUCUCUGCGAGAUUGGCUAACUGGUCGAAUCAAGGCUAUCCAGAACUCGAUAACAAACCUCCCAAUGGAAUUGGAAUGACGGUCGGUUCCGUGAUAAGACAUUCUAAAUUUAGUAAACAGCCUCACAGAUCUGCAUGGGAAGUUUGGGUACGAUUCGAUUGUAAUAUGGCUGCAAACGGCGCAUUGAUGCGUACGGCAGUAUUAGGCGUUCCGUUUUUCUGGGAUGAGAAACAAGUGAUCAAGCAGACCCUACAGGCGACCAAAGUGACACACGCGGAUCCAAGAUGUUGCGUGUCAAGUGUAAUCGUUACAAUGUUAAUUUCUAAGUUGAUAAAAGGGGACAUUCAAAAUACUUCGUCAGAUUUAGAUGAAGAAACCAGGGAAGAGAUAUUAAAAUGGAUGCAAUCCGGAAACCCUAAAAAUGGUGUGGGUCAGGACCUUGAUGAAGAGAUUUCGUCCCCUGAAGAUAAAAAUAACACAAAGCGAAGGAGUUUCAUCGGUAAAGUAAUUAAUAAAGUUAAGAAUAACCUUAACAACUCGUCGUCUAAUCUUUUUGAGCUUUGGGCGAAAAGAGCGAAAAGACCUUACGACUCAAAACAACGAAAUAUAGCCGUGAUUCCUGAUCCACCACCACCAGGCGUCGAAACCUUUGGAUCGGAUCCAAUAAUGUUAGAGUUGACACGAUCUUUAGUUGAGAGAUAUAAAUUCAUGAUCUUAAGAAAUUCCAAGGAACAAGAUGAUUCGACAAAAAUCUUUAAAACAUUUGAGUCUGAUACAAGCGAAAAAAUGUUAAUAAAUUAUUGUUUUCCUAACUCUUUCGCCGAGUUGGGUUUAGAUGAACGUUCAAGCAUUGGAUAUGUCUAUAAGUGUUUGGGAGCGGCAUUAUACAGUUUUACAAGAAACUUAAAUGGACAGGAAAACGAAGGGCAAGCGUUUAAAAAGAUUAUCACAGAAUUGACGCUGGAAGCUGGUGAUGCCGAUACGAAUGCAACGGUUGCGGGAGCCUUAUUAGGUGCAAGAAUUGGAUACAGCAAAUUACCAAAGGAGUGGGUUGAUGGUCUUAAAUACAAAGAUUGGUUAAACAAAAGAGUCGACUGUCUUUGGGAUGUAAUCUCCAAAGCCUCUGAUUGA